UGGGCGCCUAGUCUCUGACUCGAAAGUUUGGUGGUGCUGAAGAAAACGCAAGAAGACGAGUAAAAUUUAGGUGACAGCACCUUAAUGUACAUUAUUUCUACUCAUUUCUUCUAAAUACGUAACUCGAGGACUUUUGAGUGUGUUGUCGGCAAAUUUGUGCGGUGAUUUGAGGCCAUCAAGAGCUACAGCCGCACACAACGUAACGCGAAUCACCUCUUUCCGGUGGAUAUAGUCGAUCUUUGCACGUUUAGUGUAGAGAUACUACCAUGGGAAAUCUUCUAAGACUACUGAGCAGAGAUGAAACUGAAGCUGGCAAAGUUGAUAUCUUUUUAGAUUUUGAGAAUGCACAGCCAACUGAAACAGAAAAAGAAGUGUAUGAGAUUGUGAAAGGUGUUCUAGAUGAGUCUCCUAGAAUAUUGGAGCAGCUUGAACAAUACCCUGGUGCCAGUUCUGCUAUUAGACAGGCUAUAUCUAAUCCGUCAAAUGAAGAAUUGCAAGACAUGGCAUGGAGGGCUGUUGUGCCGUUAGUAGGAAAAUUGAAACAAUUUUAUGAAUAUGCAUGUGAAUUAGAAGCAGUUCUACCACAGCUUCUGCAUGCACUUUGUGCAGGGAAUCUAACACCAACAGAACAUUUGGAACAACAACAGGCUUUGGCUAAACAGUUCGCAGAAAUACUGCAUUUUACACUUAAAUUUGAUGAUUUAAAGAUGACAAAUCCCAAUAUUCAGAAUGACUUCAGCUAYUUUAGAAGAACCUUGAGUCGAAAGAAAAUGGCUAACACAGAUGACGAGGAAGUUGUUGUUUCAAAUGAAAUGGCUAACAGAAUGUCGCUGUUUUAUGCUUAUCCAACUCCCCUUCUUAAAACUCUUAGUGAUGCUACAACAAAGUUUGUUACAGAGAAUAAAAAUCUUCCUAUAGAAAAUACUACUGAGUGCCUUAGUACUUUAGCUAAUCUUUGUCGAACAAUGAUAGAAAAUCCGGAUAUUUCUGCAAGAUUUGAGAAUGAAGAAACUAUGCUAUUUUGUCUUCGUGUAAUGGUUGGUGUGAUAAUACUGUAUGACCAUGUUCACCCUGUUGGUGCCUUUGCUAAGACAUCAUCUAUAGAUAUUAAGGCUUCAAUUAAAGUUCUCAAAGAUCAACCAAAUGGUACAGUAGAUGGACUUCUCAAUGCUUUGAGGUAUACAACAAAACAUCUAAAUGACGAGACGACACCCAAAAAUAUCCGAGCACUUUUAGUCCAGUGAUUAGAGUGUAGAUGUAAAAAAACACACUAUUAUGGUGGUUUUCUAUUUAUCAUGGUAGCUUUUUAAAAUGAGAUUUUUGCUACAAGUUAUAAAUUUGCAUGAGAAACAUCUGGCAUGUAGAAAAUUGGAGCAAUGGAAUUCAAAAACCAUUAGAAAUAUUAUAUAACACUUAAGUUUCUUGCCAACGUGAGUUCUGUGUAGAUUGUAUUGAUUCCAUAUGACAUUUCUUAAAGAAAUUCCMUCCUUUCAGGAUUAUUAAUCUUGAAAAUAGUAAGGUACUAAUGUACCAAAUUUAGCAUUGUAUUAUUAUAGUUUACACUUUACUGCAGCUGAAUUCCACAUACUUUGGUAAAAACAAUUGUGACAAAACCAUAAAUAAGUAAAAUAUGCAUGUAAUGCCCUAAUAAGCUAUACAUUCAAGCAAGGGUAAUAAUAGUCUCCUUCACAGAUACCUGCGCCAUCUUGAAGGGUAGCAGUGCCUUUGCAUCGAAGCGAGACAACCGUUGAGCGUGCAAUGAUAGAUACCUGUGAAUAAUUGUCUAUAGGUGUUAAAGAAGGUUGUCUCACUUCGAUGACAAGGAACGGCUACCUUUCAAGAUGGCGCAGGUAACCGUGAAGGAAACUAUUUCUUUAGGGCAUACAGAGAAGCAAAACCAAAACAGCCAUCCCUUAACUAGAAGGGAUUCAAUUAGGAAUGUGUUUCUACUUAUCACUUAAUAAAUUCAUGCAUUUUUUAGAGUGCAAACAAUAUAUCUGUGAAGCAUCGUAAGUAAGACUAUUAAUUUUUGUACUAUUUAAARGUAAUUCAUAAAUCUCCUUGCUUUAACCACUGCUAAGCUUUGGAUUAGUCCUACACAGGUUWACUGUUUGCACUCUAAUUAUUACAUCACAUAAUAAACAAUUUUUUAACUGGGCAUUGUUUAAAUAUAUAUUAAUAAUGGAAUCUCAAAACUUAGGCUAGGUUCAUGUCGUAUUUUCCUAUUGGCAAACCAAAUAGUUUUUAUUUGAUACAUGAAUGAAGAUCAUUGUGCAGUCAUGUGAAGCUCAGAACAUUAUUUUGGAAAGACUGCUGCGUGGCAUGGUAARAACUUGACAUCCAUCCACUGGUUUGGUAUACAAUACCAGAGAAUAUUAUUAAUGAUAAUAACCCUUACCUUUUUUAAUCCUGACUGACAAUAAUAAUAAUAGUAUUGCACUCACAUGGUAAUGUUGUCAUGUAUUUAAAAUAUGAUAGAAAAAUUAAAUUUUGGUCAUGAAAUUAGUCCACUGGCUUAGUCGGUAGUCAAUGAAAUUCAAGCUUUGCUACAAAUAACUAAUAAUAAUAAUAAUUAAUUAGUAAUAAUUGUAUUAAGAAUAAUUCCAUUCUACUGUAUUGAAGUGUUAUGCAUGCAAGAAAAGCUGCCAAACAUAAUAAGAAUUUUAAUUGAGAUGAAUCUGUUUUUACUGAGUGUGCACAUUAGACUUAAGCUAUAAGGUUUCAAAGCAAUUAUUUCUUUCUCAAAAAUUGGUGUACAUUUACUAUUAUUAUAAUAUUAGAAUAAUUAGAUUACCAAAUGUAAAUUUAAAUAACAAUUCAUGGUACCCUAGGAUAUUGUUUUAAGGUCAAUUCAGAAAACUUGCAGAAUUACCAUUGAGGAGGAACUUUACAUUCCCAGAGUAUUUUCUUAGAGCAAGGAAACAAUAGCAACAGAAGAAUACAGCCCUUCAUUCCCAAGCAAAUACAAAUCUGACAUAAAAUUAUUAAUCAGUAGAUUAUUAUAAUGAGUAGAAAACAACUGCGAUCAGCUCAAUGACAUGAAAAUAUUAUGAAAAUUAUAUUUUUGUUUGAAAGAUUGUUACUAGUUAUGAUUUGUCAAGCUCCUUAAUAUAGUUUUGCAAGUUUUCUAAGAUGCAUGAUCCAUGUGUGUUUGUGGAUGCUAUCUGUGAAAUAAAGCUUGUUUCUUUGUACAAA